UAAUAAAAUAGGCAAUUAAUUUAAUUACGAUUUGGUUCGAUCCUUAGUUUGAUUUUACGGUUUCGGUCUGAUGUGAAUCAAAUCGUUGCCCACCCCUAACCAUGACAAGGAAAACAAUAAGUUAUACUAAAAUAAGCAAAGAAAUAAAUCACAAAUCUAAAUAGACAUAAUGAAAUGAACAAAAUAACCUAAUUCUACUAAAAGUCUAAAACAAAGAGAGUAAUGAAUUAUAUCAAAAGAGGGAAAGAAAUAAAUAAUAAUUUAAUAAAUAAUAAUGAUCAAUCAUAUAUUAAUUUUAUUGGUGAAUUCAUAAAAAAUAGCAUUAUGGUCGCUUUUGAUUGUUUUUACUCAUUGAAGCAAUUCAUUCAAUCAACCAAGUUAGAUAAUGCAAAUGCACAUGACAAGGUUGAUUGAUGAUUUUUUAAACCAACGAUGCAAAAAUAACUAUUACAUGUAUAUAAGGUCGAGGCAUGUUAAUCGAUUCAUCUAGUCAAAUCAAAAUUAUCGUUUAGCCUAAUGAGGAUGGGAGUAAAAGAGAACACAUUGGUUGCUAUAUUGGGUAUGAAACAGGUUGCUCAACAUGAAAAAUAUUUUAGCCUACCAAAGAUUGUGGGAAGGGAGAAGAAUAGAGUAUGGAAGAAAGUUAAAAUGUGGAAAACAAAAUGUUACCAGCUAGAGCCAAUGAGGUAUUGGUCAUGGUGAAUUCUCUAUGCAAUGUCGAUGUUUCAGAUUCUAAUAAGUGUUUUACAACAAAUUAAUAGUUUGAUUGCAAAUUUCCGAUAAGGGCAGAAGAGCGAGGAAGGCAUAACUCCCUCGAUCAAAUGGAAGAAUUAUGGUUGCCUAAGAAUGAAGGAAGAUUGGAUUAUAUUAGCGGACAUGGGCCAGCUGGCCCAACCGCAACCAGUCUCCACAAAGCCCAUCCUGGGCUCGUCUAGAAUUGGGCAAACCGACCGAGAACCCACGGCGUCCCAUGCGCAACACGUCUCCUUUACGUGCCCUAGCUGCUUUAUCCUUGUUGAUAGAUGUAAGGAUAUUAAAACUAACUGUAAGGCCGAUGGCCAUCGUUAAGCAUUGAUCAAUAAGAAAACAGCCGGAGAGUUAAGCUCUCCCGUAGACUAGUCCCGAUAUCGGGGAGACAACGUAAAUCUCGUCUUGUUCUUUCUUACUGGUUCCGCGAAUUUUACAUGGUAUCAGAGCUGUGAUCCAUACAUAGCGUUUGCACUAUGGGCGACGUCGACUCUACCCUUGAGACACCAAGCUCGGGAAAGUCGAUCGGUUCUGGUUCUAGCGGCGACAAGGAGCUGGACGCUCACAACCCAUUUUUCAUCCCAAAUUCGGAUUCCACUGGACACCUGCACGUGAGCAGCGUAUUAACUCCGACCAAUUAUGGGGAGUGGGUUCUUGAGAUGACUGACGCUCUCGUCACCAAGAACAAAAUUGGUUUUGUUGAUGGUUCUCUUCCUCGCCCACAGGGCGGCGGCCCCUCGUCGCUUACUUGGACGCGUUGUGAUGCCCUGGUCAAGGGUUGGUUGCGCAGUGCGAUGGAUCCGGAGUUACGAAGCAGUGUUAUGCAUGCUAAGACAGCCCAAGAGAUAUUGGAGGAUCUUCGGAAUCGUUUUAGCAAAGGUAAUUUGACUCGCGCCUAUGAGUUACGUCGACACGUGAGUUUUCUUCAGCAAGAGAAACAAUCUGUUUCCACUUUUUAUACAAAGCUCCGCAAGGCCUGGGAGGAAACACAGUCUAUUUUGUCGCCUCCUAUUUGUGCUUGUGGACGUCAAUGCCGUGAUCAGAAUGAGAGUUUGAGACUCUUUGAUUUUCUGUUGGGCCUAGACGAUUCUUUCGCGACUGUUCGCAGUCAAAUCCUCUCACUGUCGGUUCCUCCAUCAUUGCCCGAGGCCUUCCGGAUUGUUUACAAUGAUGAGCAGCAACGACUACUGACUCAGACCCGCAAACCCCUUCCAGAGGCAGCAGCGUUCGUGACUCAUGGUGAAGCAGAUCGUGGCGCAUCUGGCGCCCGCAAUUCACGCGAACGAAGCUCGGCCGACAAAGAAAAGGAUACUCGGAUUUGCACUCAUUGCCUUAAACCUGGGCAUUUGCGGGAGACCUGUUAUCAAUUGAUUGGAUAUCCUUCUUGCGACAAGCAUGGCGAUGGGCAGAACCGCCGGAAAAGUCGCGAUUCUGGCCGCGAUGCGAGUUGCGAUGGUGGCGCUGCUCGUGGUCAAGGUAGGGAGCCGCGGGCCUCCCAGGUGGAACAGGAGUCGAGUCCUGUCCCUGGUUUUAGUGUACAGCAGUUGGAGCAGCUAAAGCGGUUCUUUGGCUCUCAAUUCUCUCCCGCCACGGAUCCCUCAAGUCACAUGGCUGGUACGUUUUCAUCUUCUGAUCAAUGUGAAUGGAUUAUUGACUCUGGGUGCAAUGAGCACAUUACUAUGGAUGAUAAUCUUCUUACUACGGAUCAUCAUGUUUUAUCGACUCCACCUGUUCGUAUCUCGAAUGGAGCUAGCAUUCCGGUUAAACGUAUUGGCAUAGUUAAGUUGAGUGAUGGGAUGACAUUGGGACGUGUUUUACAUGUUCCGGAAUUUUGCUGCAACCUCUUAUCAGUUAGCAGACUUUGUCAAGAACAUCAUGUUGCUAUAAUCUUCCUCGAUGAUUUUUGUAUCGUACAGGACUUACACUCCAGGAACGUGAUUGGGAAGGGGGAGAUUCGUGAUGGAUUGUAUUUCCUGUAGUUGUUCGGUUGUCGUAGUGCUCGAGUUCAUGCCGUUGACAAGCCGCCUGCACUACCUUGGCAUGAAAGGUUGGGACACCCUUCGUUGGCGGUCAUGACCAAGCUUCAAGAUCAACUUCCUACACCUACAGUUUCGGACCAUGGUGUUUGUCACCCUUGCUCUCGUGCUAAGCAAGUUCGGACUAGUUUUCCUAUUAGUGGCAUUCGGACUACCUCUUGUUUUGAGAUGUUGCACAUGGAUAUUUGGGGCGGAUAUAAUACUCCUUCUUACAGUGGUGCUUAUUAUUUUUUGACAAUCGUUGACGAUUUCAGUCGUGGCGUUUGGAUUUAUCUCAUUAAAUUCAAAUAAGAUGU